CCCGCUCCCCACGUCCCACGGGACCUCCCCCGGGGACCGCGGAGCCCGGGCAGGUGCGGGGGGCCGGGUGGGAGGCGCUCCUGCGGCCACCCCCGCCCUGCCGGGCACCCACCCGGGGAUCGGGACACGCGUGUGGUGUGUUCCCCGCCCCGCCGCCGCCCCGGUCCGCCCAGCCCUGCCGGGGAGCCGGCGAGCUGCGCUGCUCUUUGCUGCCAUCGGCUCUCCAGAAAUUGAAACUUACAUUCAAAGAAAUUACAUUAAAAAUCUGCCGGCCCGGCCGCUCUGUGGGCGCCCGGCUCCGUGGGGCUGCCCGGGACUCGGCUGCCUCUCCGUCACAUCGCCCUGAAUCCCGAUGCUUUGAAGAUGCGCGCGAGCGGGGAGGAGGAGCUGGACAGCGAGAGGACGGGGACCCUGGAGCAGGUUCAGUGGCAAAUAUAGGCAUUUGUCAACAUUUGACAACAACUCGUUGGGACAUCAUGAAUUUGCUGGAAUCUAGACCACAGAGCACUUGCAAUAGCGCUUUUUAAGUUUGAAUUUCAUUUAAAUGAAAGAAAAAUAAUAAUCUGGAUCAACUGAAGUGAUGGCUAGCAAAAGAAAAUCCACAACUCCCUGCAUGAUACCAGUAAAAACACUGGUGCUUCAGGAGACUGAACUGGAUGCUGGAGAAGGUGAUCGUGAAGGAACACAACAAGAUGCUCCUGCGGAAGGGCCAGCAGCUGGUGAUGCUGGUGCCAGUAACAGUAAUAGCGGAGCUUUGUCUAAUGGGCACCGUGGCAUUGCUGAUGGCGACACCUAUAUCUGCAAGUCUUGUGACUUUGGAUCUCAAGACAUUCAUCACUUCUUUGGGCACCUGGACUCUGAGCACUUAGACUUUAGCAAAGACCCUGCAUUUGCGUGUGUUGCGUGCAACUUUCUGGCAAAAAGCCACGAAGGGCUCUCGCACCACAAUGCAGAGUCGCACGCUGGUGAAACAAGCUUCAUCUGGAGGGUGGCUAAGCAGGACAAUCGUACAACUGUGGAGCAAAGUCUCUGUGAGGCCACCAGCAGCCAUGACCUGCCGGGAGAGGUCCCUGAGGAAGGGGUGGAUGGCCAGUCUGAAAUUAUCAUUACCAAAACCCCCAUCAUGAAGAUAAUGAAAGGUAAACCAGAGGCCAAAAAAAUCCACACGCUGAAGGAGAACGUGUCAAGUCAGUUGGGUGGUGAGUCAGAGGUGAAAGACGGAGAGCAUCCAUUCCCGAAUGGAUCUGUGCCCGUCAGCCAGCCCACUGCAAGUUCAACAAAAUCAUCUCAUAUAGUGAAUGGCUCCAUCAUAGGAAACGUGCCUGUUCUGCAGGCGGGGGUUGCACAACUUGUGUCACUGCAGCAGCAACCCCCGUUGCAUCAGCAGCUACCUACGUCCAAGUCCCUUCCCAAGGUGAUGAUUCCCCUGAGCAGCAUUCCAACGUACAACGCCGCCAUGGACUCCAACAGCUUCCUCAAAAACUCUUUCCACAAGUUCCCCUACCCUACAAAAGCCGAGCUCUGCUACUUGACCGUGGUGACGAAGUACCCAGAGGAGCAGCUGAAGAUCUGGUUCACUGCCCAGAGGUUGAAGCAGGGCAUCAGCUGGUCACCGGAGGAGAUCGAAGAUGCCAGGAAGAAGAUGUUCAACACUGUUAUUCAGUCGGUGCCACAACCCACCAUUACAGUUUUGAACACCCCUCUGGUUGCAAAUCCCGGGACUGUCCCACAUCUUAUUCAGGCAACUUUGCCAGGCCAUGUGGUGGGGCAGCCGGAAGGGACAGGGGGGCUGCUGGUCACGCAGCCCAUCAUGGCCAACGGGUUGAAGGGCACCAGCUCCUCCUUCACCUUGGCGGUGACUUCUGUCCCCAAGCCCCAGCCAGCACCGCAGCACGGCACGGUGAGCUCCAGCAACACCGCGGGGGUGAAGGUGGUCAACAGCGGCCAGCCGCUGCUCACCGCCUGCCCCGCCAUCUCCUCGCAGACCUUCCUGGAUCCCAACGUGUACAAAAACAAGAAGUCCCACGAGCAGCUCUCGGCUUUGAAAGGCAGCUUCUGCAGAAACCAGUUCCCUGGCCAGGCUGAAGUCGAGCGGCUGACAAAAAUCACUGGCCUUUCCACCAAGGAGAUCCGGAAAUGGUUCAGCGACAGGAGGUACCACUACAGGAACGUGAGAGGUGGCCGUGCCGUCUUCCCUGGAGACAGCGCUCUGGAUUCUCUGCCCGAAAUAACCUUCGACGUCUCGCCCCGAGGAGCUGAGCUGAGCCCGGCGGCGGCGGCGGCCGCACCAGCUCCUCACCCCCCGCCGCGGCGUCAGUCCUGGCACCAGGCACCCGACUUCACACCCACCAAGUACAAAGAGCGGGCGCCGGAGCAGCUGAAGGCUCUGGAGAGCAGUUUUGCCCAAAAUCCCCUUCCUGCAGAGGAAGAGGUGAACCGCCUGAGGGGCGAAACAAAGAUGACGCGGAGAGAGAUCGAUAGCUGGUUCUCAGAGAGGAGGAAGAAGAAGGUGGCAGAGGAGAAUAAGAAAGUGGAGGAGGCGGCUCGGCAGGAGGAGGAGGCGGAAAAUGAUGGCGGGGAAGGAGAGGACUCUUCCGAUGAACUGAGGGCUGCGAGUGAAAAUGGCUCAGUUGACACCUCUGGCAACAACCCGAACUCGGCGGAGCGGAAAGUGAGUCCCAUCAAAAUCAACCUGAAAAACUUGCGAGUGACUGAGUCCAAUGGCAAAAAUGAGUUACCAGGUGCUGGCGGAAAUGAGAAAGGGGAUGGCAGCUCCAGCCAGCCGCCCAGCCCUCCCAAAACCAAACUGAACUUCAAAAAGACAGCCCAGCAGCGGCAUCUGCUGAAGCAAAUGUUCGUGCAGACCCAGCGGCCCACGAACCAGGAGUAUGACGCCAUUGUUUCCCAGACGGGCCUGCCGCGCGCCGAGGUCAUCCGCUGGUUUGGGGACAGCCGGUAUGGCUACAAGAAUGGGCAGCUGAAGUGGUAUGAGAACUACAGGCGGGGGGUGUUCCCCCCGGGGCUGGUGGAGGUCAGCCCGGCCAGCCGGGAGGUGCUGGAGGAUUACUAUGAGAAGCAGAAGGGGCUGCGGGAGGAGGACGUGCCCGAUCUGUGCGAGCGCUCGCAGCUCAGCGCCCAGCAGCUCAAGGUGUGGUUUGCAGUGAAGGUGGAGGAGGAGAGCAGGGGCACCGGCCCCGAGGAGGGCUGCGCUGGACAGGCAGCGGGGACUCGGAAAGAGCCAUGUGAGGCCGGCUCGGAGGCGUUGGAGAGCAGUGAGCGGGGCGGCCAGGAAGGCAGCGCCGGGACCCCCGAUACCCCUGGCCCACUGCCCGCCAUGCGGCUUGAAACGGACUGACCUCCAACCACCAGCCCUGGAGGAUCUGCUCUUACCCUUGAGAAGAAAUGUUUGGUCUUCAAGAAACCCAUGGGCCGGCCUGAUGCAAACCUCAGGAGCAGGACGUGGUGAUAAAGCACUGCCGUAAACGAGACCUUUGAGCACAGCCCACGGGGGAGCACGCGUGCAAAAACUGGGCACUUGGUGCAGAGCUCUCGGUGGCCCAGCCGAGGGGAUGGCUGAGAGCUGGCAGAGCCAGGGGCUCUGCUCCCACCCGCCAAGUAGGAUGCUCUUGUUUGCCUUCCAGAGGACAGACUUUCAGAUUUCAUAUUCAUAUACCAAUGCCUACAGCUGCCUAUACAAGCAUAACAAAUCUCAGACGUGUAAACAAGGUCAUUGCUUAGAUACGGACUAUCAUGGCACAGUACUAUUUUUUUUUUCUUCUGUCCGUUAAAGUGUUUGUUCUCUAAAGGCUGGCAUGGCUGCAUAUAUCCUCUCUGUCCUUUCUGUUCCUUAAGCCCUGGCAGUGAAGGGCUUUGCAGGCAAACAAAUGUGUGUGUAUCUGUUAGGAAAGGAGAGGUAUCUGAGAAGGAAACUGCAAGUCUUGCAUUAAAGUCCAGUGGGAGCUGAGUGAGAUUUUUAUCCCAAUGGAUGAGGUUAGAUUUAGCAUUGCAUACUCUCCAAUAAGUAGCUGGUCCUGAACCCAGGUAAUGGAGGAGAUGGAGUUUGGUGUCACCUGUCCCUUGUUGGCUAGAAUACUGUCCCCUGCACUCCUGGAGACAGACUGUAGCAGGCUGUUAAAUCUCCAAGUCUCCCUUUAAUCACUGAGAACUAGCACAUCAUAAUUUUUCCAUCCUGACCUGGAAUCCUUUUUAUUGUUCAGAGGGAACAAGCUGUUGUUCAGAGCGAACAAGCUGUUCUUCAGAGAACAAACGCAGAGAAUACUCAGUGUUGCUGCGAGUGGUUCAAGUCAUUGUUGUCUCCGCGGGAUCCGCGAGGCAGCAGCUCUUCUGCAAUCAGGAAGUUUCCCUCUUGCAGCCCUACAUGACAGAUCCUCCUGCAGCAGCGCUGAUAACUUCAAGUGUUUGUUCCAGUUUUAUUUUUUGCCUUUUUUUUUUCCAGUUCAUCUGCAAUAGUUCUGAUGAAAUAGCAAAAUAAAUUUCCCAGUUAACCCGCCUGCUUUCCCGGUACCUGUACCUUUUUAACGCGCCCAUGUUGUCUUGGGUGGUUGGUUGCUGUGUGAUGCAACUACUUGCAGAUAUUUUUUUGUAAUAUUCUUUUCUAACAGAAAAAAAGGUCUAGAAGGGAAACUCUUGAGAUGAACAGUCCAGCCAAGUGCUGUGUCAGACUGUUCUGUCACAAACUAAUCAAAUCCCAGCUCAAAAUUGGUUCCAUGUCUUGCCUUCACUUUUGCUCUUGGAAGGCUAUUCCAGAAUUUCACUGCCUUUGAAUGGUUAGAAACUUUAUUUAAAUUACUAGUUUGAAUUAAUUCAUGGCUGGUUCAUUCCUGGUUUAUUUUGCAGCCAACAUUGUCCUUUAACUUAAAUAGUUUUUGGUGUUUAUCCGCUGAUGUAUUUAUGGAGAGUAGUCAUAGCUCCUUAUUUUUGCCAAGCUAACUCAGCCAAGCUUUUUCAGUAGAAGGAUUUUAUUUAGUGAGAGCUUUUUAAUGUGGGAGAGUUUAUUGUUGGUGGUAAACGAUAUUUAUUAGAAGGGUGGGUAGCAAGUCCCGAAGGAUCGGAUCCAGAGAUUUACAAAAAAAUCUGGUUGAAAACCAAAAAAGCUCUUUCAGAACCUCUUCCAAAGAUGGUGUCUGAUUUCUACCUUUAAUUGCCCUUGCUUUUCCAAUUCUUCGUCCUUUCUUCAAGAGGCCGCCUUGCUCACCUAUGAGGAGGGAGUUUUAUCCGCUCGGUGCUUUGCAAGAGAGGGUCUCCUCUCGCCUGGUACGCGCCUAUGUGGUAGGUACCUGUGCCUGAGCUCGCGUAGCUCCCCCGGCACCCGGUGUCACCCCGCAGCCAAGCGUGAGCAUCUGCGUCAGGAGGGGAUGGAUAACUUGCACCCUGAAGGGAUCCGGGGCAGACACCCACACUGUGACACUUAGCAGUCAGACAAACCCUCCCCAAAACGCUGCGAGCAGGGGUGCUGUCAUCCCGGAGCACCCUCUGUGACAGCAGACUCCCUAAAUGUUUUUUCUGUUUAGAAGCGCUAUUGCUGGUCACGCCGGGGUUGGAGAUAUAACCAGCAGCUGUCCUACCUCGGCCUCGUGUCUCCUUGGCUGGGCAGCAUCCCUGCAAAGACAGCCAGAGCCCCAGGGGUUCACCCUCGUGGGUGCAAUCCUGCGCACCCCAAAAUCUCAGAGGUGAUGGGGGAAGCUGGGUGGUCCUAGAGCUGGAGGCAGCAGAUCUGGGAGCGUGCGGCCCGAGAGUAUGAGUGUGUGUACGGUGUCACCUUCAGAGAACAAAUACAGGUAGGUCAUUUACUCUCUAGUGUCUAUGUACAUGCAGGUUUUUUUAAGUACACAUAUAUACAGUUCAGAUAUGCCAUUGAUUCUUUAUUGCAUUAAGAUGUACAUUUUAAAAUGUACACUUCUACUAACUACUUGCUAUAUAAAUAUGUUGGAAGUGUAGUUUGCCCGUUCAAGGUGAUUUUCUGUGGGAUUUUUGGUGUACACUUAAAGGCCUAUGGCUAAUUGGAAGAGUGAUCCCCACUCCAUCUACAGAAUUGCUUAAGGACUUGGUAUGAACUGGUCCCUUCAAACUGUUUUUCCAUGCACUAGCUGAAAUUUUUUGCACUUGGAUUGUAUUCAGCCAGUUUUCCAGCAAAAUGAAAAGAGAGGUCUUGUGAGCUGGAGGGAGAAUUUCCCGGUGUACACAGAAAAACCAGCCUUGAGGGUUGGAAGCUGCUGAGGUUUUUGAGCUUUGUCUCCAUGCAUUCAUACAAGCACAGCAGGAGUUUUCUUUCUUCUGGUUUGGAGGAAUUUUAAGAAGUGGUUCCAUGCAGACUCCCCUUGGACGUGGCAGCCGGGCAACCAGGCUGGCAAAGCCCCAUUGCAAGGGGAGGAUAAGAGUUAGAGACAAAAAAGAUCAAAAAAUAAUCGAGUUCCCUUUCUAACUCCCACAUUCCUUGUUAUCUGCAUUUUUUUUUUAGUUGACUUGAAAUCUCCAUGAAAGUAUAAGCUAAAGAUUUUUGAGAGUUUGGCUCCGUGGUCCUCUGUUUCCUUAACACGUUGUUUCUGAAGCUGAGAAGCAGGUGUCAUCUCCAAACAGACUCGGGUUUUGGUGCAGGACGUUAGAAACGUGUUUGCGUCUGAAACUGGAAGGAGCGAUUGAGAGGUGGCUUUGACAUUCCCAGCAGCUCUUCUGGUGUUAAGAGGAAGCAUCACCACAAGUCUAUAGAGUGUGUGAAUAUUUAUCAUCGUCUAAUCAAAGAUUAUCAUCUUACUUGAAAGGAGGGGUGUAAGAUAGAGGUUGUGUAGCCAGCAUCAGUAAGGAACGGAAAUCAAAUUCUUCACCUCCAUCUGCUCUGUGCGAGUUUGGGCUUGACAGGCACAGUAAUUACCAUCGUUUUUAAUCCGUGUGAAUCUUGUUACUUAUGUCUCCGAGACUGCUUAGAUUAAGGGCAUAAUCCGAUUGCUUAAUAACCCCAGACCCUGAUUUGUGCCGCACCUGCUCGCUUGUGUAAAGGGCUGCUGGUUCUCCUGAUACAAAGAACGCAGUUACUUCAUUCAUGCCAGCAGGCCCUGCCGUGACUCUGUGUUUCAUUUGGGUAGCUUAUUUUUCAACUCCUUAAUUGGCAUCCUGGAAAUCAUUCUUUUUUAUUUUUUUUUUCGCAGAACACUAAACAAACCAUAAUUUCCAGGCUCCCAUGUCCACUCACCUGAGAGCUGAGCGCUGCUGUAUCAGACCCGCAGCCACGGCGAGAGAACGGGCACAAGCGCUUGCCCCGAUGCUCGGCACACGGCUGGCACAGCCCGCACAGCUCGUGUCCCCUCCCUGCCAGGGGCUUGUCUUGUCACCACGAGAAGCCACCAGCAAAAGCAGUAGCUGGUGGCAACUGUGGUGAGAAACGCCAUAGUCAGCCCACAAGUGCACUUGGAACCUUCUCCUGCACGGGUGAUGCUCACUGCUCACACAGAAGCUGGAGGUGCAAGAUUAUGUGCUUGGUUAAUUUUUGCUAAGUGUCCCUUGUCUGUUUAGAAGGAUGUAGAAGGCUGGUUUUACAUUUACGCUUUUGGGUAUACUUUUUUUUUUUGAGAAGUGACAAUUUUUGGUCACAGGUAGAAGAAGUGUUGUGUUGUCUUCCCUGCAGCCCCUCUUUUAGAGAUAUUACAGAGACAAACUGAUCAGAAGGUGAUGCUUGGAAUCUGGGAAUCAGAAGAGAAAGAUGAUUUUCAGCACUUAGGCACAAAUUAGAAAGUUAAAAUGAUGCUGCACCUUCCUGUCGAGUUGAUGGUAUUUAAAGCACUUGUAAACUUCUCUCUCCUGUUGCCCAGAUAAUUUUGGCUUUGCUCUUUUCAAAUCAAGCAGUGGCCUAAUGUGAUACAGCAGCUCGCUGCAGUAACCUCUGUUGUCUCAGUUUGUCACAAAACCAGCAGGGUAAGACUAGGCAACACUACGAAUGGAGGGGGGAUGAGACACUUGCAAACUGUACUUUUUUUUUGGUAUUAUUUUUCCCCCCAAGUUUAGUUUCUGCUGUAUGUUUUAUUGGCAGUGGUCCCUGCCAGGAAUGCUGGAUUUGCAUUGAAAAACUUAAAAGCAGAGCAAGGGAGCUCUGUUGCCUAAGCAGUGAUUUUUGUUUGGUUUUCUCGUUAUUGCCUGUUCCAGUAAAGAGUGCUCUGUUGGCUGGUGUUGGCCAUAUUUUGAUGGCACAGUUAGAGCCCCUUUUUCCCUGUACUGAUGGAGGCUGGUAUUAGGAGGACUCUUGCUUACUGGUGCUAGCGAAGGUUGGGCUAGGAAUCCAUGGCAUAGAAAACUUCUUGCUAAAAUUGCACUUUCUCUCUGCCCCAUCUGGCUCGUGGUGGUGUUAUGGGUACGUGGCUGUGAUUCCCCUUGCACAUACUAACAUUGCACUACAAGAGAGACUUUGGGAACAGCGUGUUGAUCACUUUGUUUCUCAGCAGACCACAAAGUCAGCCUAAUGGGGUCUUUUUUUUUUUUUUUUUUUUAAUUAUUAUUAUUUAGAAAUCAUGCUGGUGCUGAAUGACCUGGAAUUUUUGCUUGGAUUUAUCCAAAGGAAAAUGUAAUUGUAGCUGCAACGGGACCUUUCAUAAGGGUGGCCGUGCAGCUUGGGAGCGGAGCAAGGGCUCUGCUGUGUAAACCGUCUUUGUACCGGGGAGGUGUGGGGGGUUCCAGGGGGGUUAUUAUUGUGGGUUUGUUCUUUUGUUUUUUUUAAGACCACGGUUUUAGAUGGUCACCUUGGCAAUCGCGUGAGACAGGAAAUAGUUUUUACUUUUGGUAAAGGUUUAAAGAGGAAAAAAAAGUGAAGCUGCCUGUGAUUGUGGGCUGUGGCUAUUACUAGGGCUAGGGUAGCUGGUACCUGCUAUGGACUUUACCUGCUCUUAUUCUGAGGGCAAGAACUCCCUGUAGCAACAAUGCCACUUCUGAGAAGUGAAUGGCAAGUUUCCCUUCCUUUUGUAUAUGUGGAUGUGAGGGUGGGCGAGGGGAAGAGCUUGCUUGUACAGUUUGUUUGAAAUGAAACCAGACGUUUUUUGGUUGUUCCUAAAUAAAGAGUGGAAAAGACGAA